AUUUUGUGAAAGAACAGUGGAAUUUCGUUUCUGUGAAUUUUAUAAAUCACAUUUGAGAGUUUGACGAAGAAAAUCCGAAAUUUUAUCUUCAGCAUCAUCAAUCAUGGCUGAUGACUUUGAUGUAGAAGCAAUGCUUGAAGCACCAUACAGAAAAGAGGUGAGUUGAUAUAGGGUUUUGGUGAAAUUUAGUCAAAGCACUUACAUGUAGUAAAAACCACUGAUGUCUUGAAUGGGUGGCCUUGUUCAUGCUUUUCCUCCAUGGUUUUUCAAUAAGGUCUGAAGCAAAUCAUAAUGAAAAAGUUAAAAGCAGAUUUCUGAAGGCAUUUCAAACCCAGACAGUCAUUAUUAGCAAUGAUAUAUGAACAACUUGGUAAUGGAGAUUUGAAGUGACUUAUAAUUUUCUGUCAUAUUGGACAAAAGUAAAAGAAAUGGAAACUGGCUUAAAAAUCUGUAUUCUGUUCAAAACUCUUUAUAUGAAAUUUGUAGGAUAUAAUUUUUUCUCGUUAUUGUAAUAACUUUUCCCCAAAAGUUUACUGAAAUUUUAGAUUGUGGCAGUCAGUAUAUCUUUGAGCUAGCUUCUCUCUUGCCCAGUCAUCUGACCCCAGUAUCUUAUUUUCUGUUUUGUAGACUUGAAAUUACAGCACAACCAGCCCUUUGAGGUAGUUACAGACCACCUCGACUGACACAAUCGUUGUAUUUAUGAACUGCGCUAUACUGGGCUAACCUUUUGUGUCAUUUUUGUUCUGAUUUUAUUGAAAAUAAAUAAAACUUCAUUCUCCCAUUUGAAUUAAAUUUCUUAACAAAAAUUUUAAGGCAAGUAUUUUGCAGAUCCUUUCACUAAAAGGAUGAGGUCAUGAACUUUCAAAGCUUUCAGAUGCAUUAUUAAUUUUCUACAAGAAGGCUGUGUUUAAAAAAAAUUUACACACUGUACAUUUUUCUGAUUAGACUGAGUGCCUUCUUCCUAGCUUUUGAGAUGAUCUGUUGAGGUGGGUAUGUGGUGCUCAGAUUCUUUUAGCAUUCACAUUCACUGCAGUGUUGUCAUCAUGCAUCAGUUACUGUGCCAGCAGUUGUACCAUCAAUAACAUAGUAAUAUAAUUGUAACAUAGCAAAGCAAACGACCAUAUUUCUGUUUACCUAGGUUCUCCCUAGGGGAGACUUAUGUAAAAUCUGUGGUUUAUAGCAAGAUUAUCUUGGAAAUCAUGAACCAGGAUAAUCUACUGGAUGUAUGUUUGGUGUCUCUUUUAUGAAGAGAGAUUGUCUUCUUCUUUCUUUUAGACUCCUCCCUCUCAAGCAAACGGGAAGGGUGACUCAAACCGGACAAGUAGUGAUGGGGAAGAGAGAAGAAAACGGUAGAAAUUUUAGGUUAUGCAAGGCAUAAUUACAGCGGAUGAUCACUGGACUACAAGAUGUCUGGUUUUUGAUGUUAACAGUAGUCAUCGAAAUCGGAGUCGCAGUAGAAGCACCGGAAGGUUUGAUAAUUUCAGGAGUCGGAGACGUCGUAGCCGUAGCAGAAGCCAGGAGAAAGCUCGGAGAGGUCGGAGUCGUUCAAGAGAUCGUGACAGAAGGCGUAGACGCCAGAGCAGUAGCGGGAGUAGAAGCCGUUCAAGAAGCCCAGACAGAAGGCGCAAAAGCCAUGAUCAGAGAGAAAGACGUGAUAGAAAAAGAAGUGUAAGUCGUAGUCCAAGUCCAUCAAGUCGUAAGAAGAGGGAUGAAGCAGAUGGAGGCAAUAGUGGCACUAUUGUACAGCGUCUUGAAAGGAGGGAGCUAAAGCCUGCAGAGGAUAUAACACCAGAGGAGAGGGAUGCUAGAACAGCAUUCUGCAUGCAGCUGGCAAGAAAUAUCAGACCUAGAGAUCUGGAAGAAUUUUUUUCAAAAGUGGGCCAGGUUGCUGAUGUGCGGAUUAUAUCAGAUCGUAACUCAAGACGGUCAAAAGGAAUUGCUUAUGUGGAGUUCACUGACAGAUCAGCUGUGCCUUUGGCAAUAAACCUGUCUGGUCAGAAACUCUUAGGAGCCCCAAUUAUGGUGAUGCCUACCCAAGCAGAGAAGAACAGAGCAGCAGCAGAGGCUGAAAAGCUCAAGGCUCCACCAGGACCUACAAGACUAUAUGUUGGAUCCCUUCACUUUAACAUCACAGAACAAAUGAUAAAGGCAAUAUUUGAACCCUUUGGAAUUGUCGAUAGUGUACAGCUUAUUUAUGACUCUGAAACAGGAAGGUCGAAAGGCUAUGGCUUCUUACAGUUCAGAGAUGCUGAUGCUGCAAGGCAAGCCAUGGAUCAGAUGAAUGGUUUUGAACUUGCUGGAAGGCCUAUGAAGGUUGGGCCUGUAACAGAGCGAGGGGACUCAUCUUCCUAUUCCUUCCUGGAUGAUGAGGAGUAUGAAAAGGGUGGUGUUGAAUUAAACUCCACUGCGAGGGCUGCUCUCAUGGCUAAAUUAUCUCAGGGUCAUUCUGCCGGUCUUCAAGUGCCAGGUGUUCCCCCUGCUGUUGUUGGUGUACAACAAGCUAUGACAGCACCUGUAGCCAUUCCCCUUCCUACACCCUGUAUCAUGCUGCUAAACAUGUUUGACCCUACCAAAGAGAAAGACCCUGAUUGGGAUGCUGACAUUCAAGAUGAUGUAUUGGAAGAAUGCACAAAAUAUGGUCAUGUGUAUCACAUUCAUGUGGACAAGACCUCUACCCAGGGAGUUGUGUAUGUGAAAUGUAGUAAUGCUGAAGUUGCUGCCAGUGCUUCAAAAGCCCUCCAUGGCAGAUGGUUUGCUGGGAAGCAAAUUAUUGCAAGAGCAGUUCCUCUCGCAAACUACCACAGCAUGUUUCCUCAGGCAGUGUCGAUGGUGAAGCCGUUGCAACCAUCCACGUUUUGAAAAUGACCAGUCUUUCUUUUCUGAAUGUCUUGAUAUUUCUGUUUGACGAAUCAGACGAGCAGGUUCUAAUUUUUAACGAGUCACUAUUUGUAAAUAAGUCGGUGAAACAAUAAGGGAAAUUGCUGUUGGUUUCCCACAAGUUUGUGUAUAAUGUGCAAGAUAAUAUACGAUCUAAAGCAAGUGAGGAUAUGGCUUUAUGGAAGUGUUGUUUUGUUGCCGUGACACAUCCGUCAUCCUAAGUUCCCUCCAAUUUUCUGAGCGAAUUUGUAUCAGACACUCUUCCUCAGCAGUUGUUAAGAAUCUGCCGAAACUGUUACUUUUCUUUGCUUCCGUCGAUUAGCUUAUGCUCCUGAAAAACAGUGAUAUAAACGGACGUCUAUGGAAGAAAAAGAUGAAAAUGAAAUAAAAUAUAGUUUAAAUAGC